UCAAAUGUAAAUUUUGUGUUUCUAACGAAAUUAGAAUACAAAGUUAAAUUAUUAAUAAUUAAGUUAUUGGUUAAGGAAUUGAAACAAUAGUUGUUUGUUAAAUUAAAAAACCUGUCAUUACUUGUGUAAAAAAUCCUACUAUCGUUAUAGAUAUUCAUCGUUAUGAAAUAAUGCCUGUUGGAAGAAAACGGUGGAAUCUACAUGAUGGACCACAAGGAUCACUGAAAAGGCUACGCAACCAACUGGCUGAAGAUGGAUGUGCCGAAUCUCAGGUGGUUCUUGCUAAGCAGCUUUUAGAGGAAAAAUGUGAAUUGGAGGCAGACAAAAUUUCUAAUUUCAAACAAGCUUUAGAAUGGUUGAUCUGCGCUACUGAACAGGCACAUCCAGAGGCGAGAAGGAUGUUACGAAGGUGUAUUCGAAGUGGCGUCAUAGACGAGGACAGCGCGCCAAUCGUCAGAGCCAAGUCCUGUCUGGCAGCGAGUAGCCAGGAGACUGUCGCCAGAAAAGCAGCUAGAGACCUAUUUGCAAGCUUAUCAAACGGUGAGCAGUACAUAACGACGGCUCAGCUAGAGAAGCGGAUACGAGAAUGUACGACUACCCUCAAAAAGUACCACGAGGAUGACGCGCUGGAUGAUUCGCCAGGUGAAGCUGACGCACUCGAAGAUGCGGAUGGGCAGGUGUUGGAGCAGGCAGGUGAUCACCUACAUACAAACGGCACCAUUACAACUACACUCGACGCUGAUGAUGAUGAACAACCCGAUAGGCGGAGUUCCAACGACGAAAUUCGAAAUUUAACCGUCGACAAUUUAGUAUCGGCCGCCGUCGACUACUGCCAAGGCGAAUUGCCCCUUAUCAGCUACGAAUUAACACUCACAGAUCCCAGCAUCAAAUCUCUAGACCACAUACCCAUUCUUCAACAGGCAUUCCUACAUCCCAUAGUUUUUAUCCAAGUGCUGUACCUCAAGUUGCUGUAUUACUUCGGGGCCUUUUCCUUUCGGCUGUCGAAUGUCGAAUUAUGCAUUCUAUUGCUUGCUUAUCUCUCCGUUAGUACCGACAGCCUAUACCAUUUAGUUCCACUUGUCAUUUAUUACGUUAGUGUCGUGGUUAUGGUUAUUUGUACUUUUAAGAUGCUCAACGCAAAACGGCAGUUCGUGGACUUUAGAAAAUGGUCCGGUCUUUUCCUCAGAUACAGCGAUGGCAAUCUUCAGGCCGACGAGUCGGAGAAUCUUUUUGUUCGCAACAAUCUGGGCCCGUUUCUUCAGUUUUUUUUGGCGCUGUUUAUCAGUUUGUUCCUAUAUCCGUUCAUUGCAACGCAAUGGGUGCCGUUCUCUGAAUUCUGCGUGCUGUCUUUCAGUCUUAUGUUUCUAACUCUAUUCUCGUUUGGAACAAAUGGCCGGCCCUACCCGGAUCUGCUUGCGUUGAUUUCAUUCGCAAUUAACGUACUUGCUAAAUACCCGUACGAGAAAGACACGGUCGUGCACCAAGGUUGGCGAUUCCUGGACUUGCAUAUAUCGAACUAUCCUUCUUAUAUACUUGGGAAUAGCAUCGAGUUUUGCCUAAACUCUCGGGUGUUUUUCUCGCUGUUAAUACCAGUUAUAUUGGUGCUGAUGGCUCGGCGCAGUAAUUGGCAGGGCUUCUUUAAGUACACCCUUCCACAUUGCGUUACUUUGAGCUGGUUGCAGAUGUUCAUAACCUGUUCUCAUGGUUGUACAACUUACGGCCUGAUCAGAGGUACAUUAGCAUUGGUCUGUUCUUUUCUGUUCUUGCCUAUAAUUGGCAUUGUUACUCUCACUUUGCCGGUUCUGGCUUUUUUGCAAUUCAUUACACUGUCUAGGCUGUUGUAUACUGUGAGUGUCUUGUUGGGUUCAGCUAUCGGAUUGGGCACUACUUGCCUAUUGGCCAAAACGGAGGCAACCAAGAAAUUCGUCACGCCAUUUCAGCUGGCAAUAGGCUUUGUAACUCUAAUUUAUUUGAGCAAUCAAUUAGUACUAGACAUACAAGAUGAAGGACUACCAUCUGGCAUCAUAGACUUGAUCAGCGAUGAUAAAACUCGACUUAAAAGCCUUCUUAAGAACGAUUUCAUGUCCGAGUACGAGGAGAACGUCCAUUACGUGAAUUGGGAUGAGUAUUACAACCAGUGCCACGCGCCAUCUUGGUCGGAAAACAAUAUGGCCGCCACGCAAAUUAAGUGCUCGGUUCUAGACGGUUCCAACGUCAAUUGGGAGGGUUACGUUAAAGAAGUGAGAGUCAAGUUUGUGAAGAAUCAAUGGAAUAACUUUGCGUCGUGGCUGCCGAGCGUUUUUAGGGAGUAUUUCAAGUGUUACUACGGCGAGGAAUAUUCGACUCUAUGUCGAAGUGAGGAAGGGUUGAGUUUGAGUGAAUGCGAGUUCGCUCGCUCGGUGGCGAGACAAAGCGAGAAGAGUUGCCACUUGAAUAAAUUGAAUGAAUACACAUAUGAAGUGAACAUCGAUAUGGAAACUAGCGGAGGUAUAUUGAAGCGACACGCGGAAAUAAAUUUGAUUUUCGAUCAUUAUUUCACAAAUUACACCAAAUUACUGAGAAUGGACGACAAGAUUCGGUUCAAGGGCAUACUUGUGAACGAACAAGGCGCAUACAAUAUUGGAUCUAAAUACCUAGACAUUAAAGGUUAUGAAAUAAAUUGUCUCGAUUGUAAAAUGGCCAAGGGUAUAAUUAGUAUUCCAACGCCAUCUGUAUCCAAAAUGUCAGUACUAGUGCGGACUGUUGUGAACGAUUGUAUUGUCUCGACUAAAUACGUUUUGAAUUUUUUGUUGAACCCUGUUAUUGUAUUUAAAUGAUCUAUAUUAUUAUAAAUGAACUGGUUAAUGAUAUGGAAGUGUGUUUACAAGGAGAAAAUUCUGAUGAAAUUGGAAUUUUAUUAUUGCCAUAAAUACAAUAUAAAAUGUGAAAAUAUUUUAAUAUGACAUGAUCUGGUGAAACUUUGAAAACUAAUUGAAUCAAAAAGUGCUACUUUCUUUUACUACGAAUGAUGUGCGUUUUGGAUAAACGUUGAGAUGAAUUAAUGAUAGUUUUUGAAUAGUAUUUUCAAAAUAUCAAUUUUAACGAGAAAUGCGGGUAGGUGUGAAAUUUUUGCUCGUUGUUGUUCCUUAUCAGUUUAUUUUUACAAGAUGAUAAUUAUAUAGUGUACUAAUGGCAUUUGGAGACGUGGAAUCAAUAUAUUUAUAUUUGGAUUAGUAAUAUAUUAUUAAUUUAACACCAUGACAUAUUAAGUGAUUCGAGUUAAGUUAAAUUUGUUUUUAAUUUAUUUUAUCAUAAAUUUAUUUAAUUUGCUCUGGAUAAAUUCUUCAUGCUCAUGUUAAUUCAACAGCUUAUGUAGUUACUUUUCAUUUAGUAUGCACUUGAGGGCCAUUUAUAAAUUACGUAACACAAAUAUUAACUUUUUUUAUUAAAUUAUUAAGGGGUUUUUAACCCCUCUCCCCGUGCUUGUCAUGAGUGUUCAGUUUUGUGGAACCCCUUCCCCUGCCUUGACGUUUUUUUUAUAUUUAUUUUAUUCUUAAAAUUAAUAAAAUGAAUAUUCAAAUUUUUUGAUAGAUCAGCGACUUAGACCUACAAUAACGCUUAUGAACGAAAAUCGAGUUAGUAAGAGAUACAUGUUGUUACAGUUAGUAACCAUUCAGAUAAAUAAAAUAACGAGUUCUUACUUUUUGAAAACAAAAUAUUUUAAACUAAUAAAGAAAUAUUGGAAGUCAAUAAUACACUGCAUUCAUUUGUCGACUUGUUUCUCUGUGGUAAUGGAGGAUUAACUUAUCGUUUAUGGUUUAGCGUAAUUUUCAAACUUAUAUCAAUCUUACUGAAUUUCAGUAGCAGGCUCCUUUGCACAGGAUGCACCCAUUGCACCAAUGAACAUUUAUGUGUUUCGGUCUGAAGAACGCCGUAGCUAGUGAAAUUACUGGACAAAUGAGACUUAACAUCAGACUGUCUCAAGGUGACCAGAGCACUUGUAGUGCCGCUCAGAAUUGUAGGGCUUUUCAAGAAUCCUGAGCGGCACUGCAAUGUAAUGGGCAGGGCGUAGAAGUUUUACACUUUGGAACUGUCGUAUCGAUAUUAUAGAUUUCGAGGUUUUAGCAUACGACGUCACAAAACUUUUCAUAGAAUGUUCCCAACCUAAAGUGUGACUUAAUUUAUGUAUCGCCCCUUGUUCUGUCAUAGCUGCUUGUUUAAUAUAAUAAUUAUUACAGUAGCACUCCAGAAAAUAAAUUUCAAUGCUAAGAUAAUUCAUACGUCUAGAUAGGUCUCUUGCUGUUGGAUAACCGAUUAAAACAGGCAAGGAAUAAUACUUUAGUCUGAGUGACAAGCUACUAGCGAUUUGUAUGACACUGUGUGUUAGUGUGCGUGAAUUGCUUAAAAUAUUGGUUAGUACUAAAUUCAACGUUUUCACAGCUGUCAUAGUAUCUAGACGUAUAAAUGAUGUAAUUUUGGUACAAUGGUAACAGUAGGACGGACGUAUGUCUAUCCCUGGCGCGGCCCCGUCGCAGUGCAAUGAAUAAUAAGAUCUAGUUUUGUUCCACCAAUAUACAUAUAAAACAUAAUUUGUUCCGGCGUUUUUUUAUAGAAUUAGGUCUUUUAAGUAAACUUUCAGCUAGCGGAGUACUUUUUAAUCACUUAAACAGGAACUUCUAAUUCAAAUCAAAUCAAAAUCACUUUAUUUAUGUCACAGAAAUGACACAAUUUCCAUUCAUAACGUGUCUCUUCAAUUCCACUCGACAUUGGCGAAAUAAUUUGCUCCCGACUGGUGCAGCCACACGCCAUAUCACAAAAAUUGAAUGAAUGAAGUUUAUUUCUUAUUGAAUCUACCGCUACUUCGUAAAGAGUUGAACUAAUGAGAUGAAGUAGCAAGAAACUCAUUGCCACUCUUUUAAUUUGCCUAGAUAAUGAGGGCAACAUUAGAUUUAUCUAAAUGUGUUGUUACUUUCGAUCUAUUUAUCUCUGUUUAUGAAUUAUAUCUCCUUAAAGGAAGCCUCCUUUUGCUCUAGCGGGUAAGUAAUUAACCUUCCGAAAUCGGCGGUGCCCUAGGGCACUAGAUUUUUCAGAUACACCAAAACUGAGAGUGCCGUACGGCACUACUCUCUCAUCAAGUUCUGACCCUUAUUUUGUUUAUAAGAUGGAUUAAUUUGCAUGGUCUUAUAACUUGUUUCAAUAGUUUUCUGAUAAAUUAUUCAAAUCUACUAAUAACAAUUAUAAUCAAUAUAUUGCAAUACGUGAAAUAAUACGCAUUUACAGAACGCUGCGCGAGCUACAAAAUCACGCCGAUCUGAGGCAUACCGCGCGAUCAGAGUUUCACGGAACGAAAAGUUGAUAAAGUACUACGGUAGGUGAAGGUUUACUUAAAAGAACUAAUUCUCGAAAAAUACGGCGGAACAAAAUAUGUUUUAUGUGUAUAUCGAUGGAACAAAUCUAGAGCUAAUUACUCAUUUUUGCCCCGCGACACUAUCAGGACAGUCUGCCGAUAUGUGCUCGUUCGCUUGAUUGAACGUCAUGGCGAUUGGAAGUCUUCCGAGCUCUGAAUAAAUAAUAAUUGUUUUUUACUGUUGGCUUUUUAUUUAUUUUGAGUGGUCACGAAAGACCUGUCAGCCCCAUGAUACUUGACCAAUUUUGAUUUGCCAAUGUGUGCGUUAUUGGUUUAAAAUUCAAAAUACUUAAAUUAGCUAAUGCCAAGCGUGGCUGACUGCUAACGACUUGGCAAUCAAGAUCGGUUACAAUUACAGUUGAAAUUGUUCACCAGUCCUACUGUAGUAUAAUAUAUCCUUAAUCGGUGAUUCAUUUGCUUUACAAGCAUGAAUUAUUACUAUAACUUAGAAAAUGCUUUAAUUGUUAUAGAAUUAAAACCAUAGAAUUACAAAACUACCGUAAUAGUUAUUUAUGCAACUGUUGUUUAAUAAGGGGUAUUAAAACACGGAUGUGGGUUUGUUGAUAAUAGUAUCACAUGAGUGUUUUAAUACCUAAUUAUCAACAGUUGCAUACAACACUUUAUCUACACCCAUAUUCGCUAACAUGCCAACCUGCCACACCGCGUGUUGCUCGUCUCGCCUAUCGUGUCAAGCGACGCCAAGGUCUCCGCAUGACGCAACGGGCUCGAGUUACAACAUAAUUUAUUGCUUUUGAAGUGUUUGUCGCUCCAUCAAAUGGUUGCGCAACCAAAAUUUGUUAUGUUUUUAAAGUGAUAUCCCUUCUAGGAUUAAUUACACAAAUAAAAUUUGAAAACAAUAUUUAUGAACCACGCGGGAGUCGAACUCGCGACCUUUCGAGUUCCGUGAAAGCGCUUUUCCACUGCCAUUUCCUAAUAUGCAGUUGAGAAGGUUAUCAAUUGUAAAUAAGUUGCUGUAGAUGAUGCCACAACCUGAAAGUUGAACAAGACAUAUCACGAUUUACGGACGUUACUUCACUCUAACGGUUGGCUCAGUGGAAGAGCGCUGGCAUCGUUCAUAAACUUUGUUUUCAAAUUAUAUCUCUAUAGAGCUGUAUACAUUUGUUGGUAGCGGCGACUGGCUGCGUCACCGUGGUGUCCUAGUGAAACAUAGCCCUAAAUUAAAAAUGGCUAUUAUUUAUUCGCUUUCCUUUUCUAUCUUGCUGCAGUAUCUCUGUUAGUAAUGUUCUUCCAUCUUGCACGCUUUGUUCGUCAGUACCAUAAACUUAUACUAGAGUAAUAGACAAACACUCUCCUCAUAGAGAGAGGCGAUAGGCGAGACUAAAUUUAAAAUGUUCAUGUGUGAUAAUUUUACAGAUGUGUUAGUGAGUAGUGUGUGUAGUAUUAUGCUUUUGUUCAAUCUCUUUUACAAAUAUUGAUAAACGGCGUCAUAUUCACGUAUCCAAUAUUUUAUUUUCAAACGCAUUUUUUAUAAAUUAAUAUAAUCUUCGAAAAAUAGUGUUUACUGCGUAUAUAAAAUUUUAAACAAAAUAUUUUAGUGAAUAUGUUCUACGAAAAUAAGCACUACGAAAGCAAUAUUGAAGAAUCAGUAUUUACCUGUGAAAUGUUUUAUACAUAUUUGGAUUGUUACUGUAGAUACCAACACAGUAUAACACAGACCACGACACCACUAUAAUUUUAAUAUCCGUUAAAACACAAAACAAUUACAAUAAACUUGGUCCAUUUUGACAGGAGACUAAUGGACACUAAAUAGUUUAAAAACGGUUUCACGGUCCAUUUAUACCGUCUCUUUCUCACAACUAGGUUUUUAUGUAAGGAUAGUUAUCUCACUAUCACACAGGGUUCCUCUAUUACGCUAGUACACUAAGUUUAUGGUAUUUACGCUAUUUAUUAGACUUACUAAUGAUGGUCCUAUGUCGAAAUCAAAUAAAAAUCCACGACUGCCUAAAAACCUCCAUGCUCGUAGCUCAAACUACGUGGUAAUAGACCGUGUUUGUAUCAACAUAAAAAUGGCAAACCCCAUUUGAAUUAAAUUCUCUUGUUACUCGUACUUAGUAGAACCAAUGUUACAGAUAAGAUGUUCAAAGAACUACGCAAAGAAGUGUUCUUUUUUGAAACUACAAAUUUAUUAUUUUGUAUGUAUGUAAGGCCACGGCUAUAAGGUAAGUUUUAAUAUGUAAAUGAUGCCAUGUGCCAUAGUGUGUAUGUUAUAAAUUAACUUAUUCAUGUAUUUUCGAUGUUAGCAUGUGUUGAUCUGUGUGUUAAUAAUAAUAUAUUUUCAUGAAA